UCCGUUGUCCGAAACGAUCGUUUUGCAAGGACCCCAGUGAGCGAAUAUUUCAGCCAUUGCCUUGACCGUUUUCUCCGCCGUGGUUGAACGCAUCCGAAUGACCUCCGGCCAACUGCUAAAAGCAUCCACUACGACAAGGAAGUAGUCACCUUCCAUUGGACCUGCAAAAUCGAUGUGCAAUCGUUGCCACGGUGCUUCAGGUUUCGGCCAUGGGUGUAAAACUUCUUUAAUAGGCGAUUUUGCGUUUUCAGCACACUGCUUACAUCGCUUGACGAAUGUUGUGAUUUGAUCGUUGAUUCCGGGUCAGAAACACUUCUCGCGAGCUAGUGAUUGCAUGCGUGUUGCACCCGGAUGCCCAAUGUGAAGUUCUUCAAGUAUCUUCUGCUGUUGACUCGUAGGAAUGACAGGUCUUUCGUCGAGAAAGAUGCAACCGUUGAUUAUCCUCAGUCGGUCCCGGUGAAUGAAGAAUUCCGCUGCCUUAUCAUCGGAGAUUUGUCUUUUCCGUUGCGGCCACGCAGCUUCGAUAUAAGUUCUGACUCUUUGGAGGUGUCGGCAUGCUGCAGUUUCCUUCUGAAGGUCCUCGACAUUGAUUGGAACCGACAACGUAACCGAAACCUCUACUUCAGUCUUGUCGACGCCUUCGUCUUCCAUAGCGCAUCGAAUCUCCGCGAUAACGACAUCCUCGACACCCGGUUUGGCGUGAGAGCUGAUGAGUCGAGACACGAAAUCAGCGUAUACAAAAUUGGCGUUUCCGAUGUAUUUGAUGCUGAAGUCAUACCCCAGAAGCGUAAGAGCGUAGCGUCGCAGGCGAUUCGCUGUGUGAACUGGGAUGCCCGUCUUGCGGCCGAAAAUGCUGAUCAACGGCUUAUGGUCCGUCUGGAGCUCGAAGUGUCUUCCGUAGAUAUAUUUAUGAAACUUCUUGACUGCAUAUACCAGAGCAAGCGCUUCCC